ACAUGUGCUCACCUCCCCCCGCCCCCUCCCCUCCUCAAGUGAGCCUCUCAGCUGCCGAGGCGAGUGAUGAUGAUGGCGGAGCUGGUUCAGGGACAGGCCUCGGUGGCUCAGCCCGGAACGAAAGAUGACUUCGCAGACACGAUACGCCGAGUGCGACAGAUGGCCGCCAAGAUGGGAGGAGAGCAGAUGCCAAACCUUCACAGUCCUUCACCAGUCAUCGACCCCUCCCUCUAUGGCUUUGGAGGCCAGAAACGCACGAUGGACAACGGAGUAGGCAACCAUCUCGGUGCAAUGGUACAUCAAAGGGCUCUCACGACAGAAGACUUCAAAGUGCCUGAUAAAAUGGUGGGAUUCAUCAUUGGAAAAGGAGGAGAGCAGAUUUCAAGAAUCCAGCUGGAAUCUGGCUGUAAGAUUCAGAUAGCGUCAGACAGCGGAGGCAUGUUGGACAGGCCCUGCACGCUGACCGGCAGUCCUGAGAACAUCGAGCAGGCCAAGAGGCUGCUGAACGAGAUUGUGGAGCAGUGUCGCUACGGUCCGGGCUUUCAUUGCGAGAUGGACGGCAGUGGCGCCAUCCAGCAGAUGCUCAUCCCCGCCAACAAAGUGGGCCUGGUGAUCGGCAAGGGAGGGGAGACCAUCAAACAGCUGCAGGAGAGAACGGGAGUGCAAAUGAUUAUGAUCCAAGAUGAUCCCAUGCCUACCGGUGCAGACAAGCCUUUGAGAAUAACUGGAGACCCCCACAAAGUCCAGCAAGCACGUGAACUUGUGGUCAAGCUAAUCAGGGAUAAGGACCAAGGAGAUUUUAGGGUGGGCAGGGCCGACUUUGGAUCCAAAAUGGGCGGAAGCAGUCUCGACGUGGUGGUGCCCAGAUUUGCGGUCGGCAUCAUCAUCGGCAGGAACGGCGAGAUGAUCAAGAAGAUUCAGACUGACGCUGGAGUCAGGAUCCAGUUCAAACAAGAUGAUGGAGUCAGCCCAGACCGUGUUGCCCAGGUGAUGGGCCACCCUGACCACUGCCACCACGCCGUGCAUCUCAUCAACGAGCUGGUUCAAACUGCCCAGGAGCGAGAUGGCUUCGGUGGGGUUAUGGGUCGCCGCAGCCGAAGUGACUGUAACAUGGGCGCCGGUCUCGGAGGGCUACAGGAAGUGACGUACGCCGUACCCGCCGACAAAUGCGGCCUGGUGAUCGGCAAAGGUGGCGAAACCAUCAAGAACAUCAAAGAGCAGUCUCGCGCUCACGUGGAGCUGCAAAGAAACCCGCCGCCCAACACCGACCCCAACGUACGCAUCUUCUCCAUCCGAGGCACCCCGCAGCAGCUGGAAAAAGCUCGCCGGCUGAUCGACGAGAGAAUUGGGGCUCCCGGGCUGGGAGGAAACGGCAACUUUGGCAUGAAUCCCUACAACCAAGGAGCAGCCACUCCUCCUCAACACGGCCCCCAAACGUUCAUGACUGGUGGAUGGGGAACAACUUUCCAGAUUUGGCAACCUCCGGGCCAACAGGACCAUAGUCACAAUGGAUCCCAGACGAGCCAGAUGGACUGGGAGCAGUAUUACAAGAAGCUAGGUCAGCAAGGCCAACAAGCCCAGAGCGGCCCUCCCGAAUACAACAAAGCCUGGGGUGAGUUAAGGCAAACUUCGACUCCUGGCUCUCAACAGGCUUCCAAUCCAGACUUCAAUGCCUGGGUGGACUUCUACAGGCAGCCCAUGGCCUACUUUAACCAGGGCGCCCAGCAGAGUCAAGCCCCGGGCCUUCAGGAUCACUAGAGAAGGACUCAUCGCCGAAGAUGAAGACAGCCCUCUUUUUUUCCCCUUUAUCAUUUUUUGGGUUGUUUUUUUUUUUUCUAGACUCGCAGCGCCUUGAAGACUUUUCUUAGUGGGAAACACUAGCUGUAGAAUGAUAGGAUAAAAUAUAUUUGUAAUCAGCAGAACCUUUAUUUGUUACUAAAUGCUUGUGUACACUGUUAUUUUGAUUAGAGCGUGUUAUCUGGGAUCUUUUUUUUUUUUUCUCUCUCUUUUUGUUUUUUGGCCAAAAUGAAUAGCGCGUGUGUAACAUUUCAAAGAGGCAAUACGUAUAUACGAUCUGUUUGUUCCGUUUCUCGCGGCACCACAUUGAUUCCGCUUAGCAGUCUUGAAUACCUUUUUUGUUGUUGUCACUAAAGAGCGUCUUGCGAUGAUUGUUAUUUUUACAUAAUUCAGUGAAAUGAAACUGUGAUGUUUUGUUACAGCAGAAUGUGUUUUUUGUUACAUGGUUGAAAGCGAAGACAAAAAAAGCAAUAGUUCUAAUUUAAUUGUGCAUUGUAUGCUGUUUAUUCAUUCAUUGUCAUUUUAUUGUACUCAAUCACACACACACACACGGGGGAAAAAGGUGCAAUAUCUUAUUUCACGUUUGAUAUACAAAGAUGGCUUCUCUAAUAUUUUGACCGACUUUUAACUUGUAGUUUUAUGAUGUUUUCUUUUUUUCUCUCUGGAGGAUAAUUUAUUACGUGGAUCUGAAUAUAUAAAAUACUUAAGGAUGUUUGCCUUUGCUACCUUGUAAAAGUGUAUAUAUUUAUAUACAUGCUCUUGUAUUUGACUGUUAAUUUAACAAAAAAAUAUAUAUGUUUCAUUUAGAAUGAUUCUUUCCUGCCACCAGUAUUGUCGGAAAAUUGUCCCUCCUUAUUUUUCCUUGGUUCUUAUUUUCUUAUACUGCUCCAAGAUUGUGAAUGUGAUUGAAAUUGGAUGUUGCAUCUUAUGAAAAAGAAAUAUGUUGGGUUUUUUUUUUUUUUUUGGUUUUAUGUUCUGGUGCGUGUUCAAGACUGCUAAGCCUCUGUUUCUUUCUACCUGUGCGAUGAUUAAUUGGUUUUUGUUAUGUUUUAAGAAGUGUUAUGAUCAAAAAAAUAUAUAUAUGCUCUCCUCCGGUACCUCCUGCUUCUGUCCGAUGCUAAUAACUUUUUAAUUAUUUUUUUAUUUUUGUUGUGUGAUCUAAUAUAAAAAUUUAGAUGAUGAUGACGUGUCAUCACGGAGAACCGAUUCUUGUAUUAACGUCAUUUCUUAAUGAAAAGGGAUAUAUAAUUUGGAGGAAAAAUAAUCUAAUCAUGGCGGGUUUACUUUUGGUGUACAGUUAACCAUGUAUUAAAAAAAAAAAACAUUCA